AUGGCGUUUGCUGGCAAUAUACAAACUUUUCGUAAAAAUUGCGCCUCUCAAUAUUUUCCUUUCCAAAUUAGUGCUAAACACAAGUUCGAGAAGUUUGGUGAGGAUGGUAGUACAGAACAAGCUUGCACGGAGUAUGAUAACAGUUUUGUCCCGUUUAACAAUUACUCCAAACCAGUACUGCGCCGUGAUCAACUGAGAGAAGUGUACAAGGAGAAGUUAGAACAAACUUUAAUGAAAAAUGUAAACGAACAGUUGGAAACCAUUCAUCGCCAGGAAGUGGAACGAAAACAGCUAAGGAAACGGAUGAAUUAUUACAUGGCAAAGGAAAACCAGCACGAUCCUCAGUACAGUCUACAACGGACGGAUGAUGUGGUAACGUUCUGGAGCUAUCGCACCCGGCGGAACGCCAACCAUCGACGAAAUAACGAUUUCACUAAGCCCCAUGAUGAGAAACUGGACGUUCAGUUUGAAUAAAUAGCCGCUUUGAUGUGUUUUUAAAUGCUUAACAUUCUUUGCUUUAUUGCACAAGCUUGUUAUAAAACUGUUCAUUUUUAAGCUUUCUCAUCAGAGGCCUGGGUAGCACCGGAUGCUACCGACUGCCCAUCAUCGGCAGGUGCAUCCUGGCACGAUAGUGACGGGAACUUCUGGUACAGAGCAGCGCGGUACUUCGGAUGGCUGAUGCCGUACACGAUCGGGUUGUAGACGGCGUUGGCUUUGGCGAACAGCGAGCCCCAGAUGGUGGCCAGCGGGCUGAUCGGAGCGGCUUUGAAGAUUCCGGUGAAGUUGAUGACCAGAUACGGAGUCCAAGCCAUGAACCACAGCGAGAUGGUGACCAGGGCGACCUUGGCCAGCUUCAUCU